AUUUAUCUUCGUUACAAGCUUAUCAUGAUUCCAUUUGGAUUUACAUUAUGAACGAUGCGUGACGUACACUAUUCUAUGAAUAUGUUAAUGGCUGCGCUAGUCAGUAAAUUCGGAUCAUGUACAUUGUUAUAUUUUUGUUAAUUUCACACGGUGUGGUAAUGUCCACAAAGAAGAUAUAGUUUCAGACGUGUAAUUGAGAGAAUGUGAUCGAUAAUAUGAUAGAAUUUAUCAAGCAAUUAUCACUGCCUUCAUCAUGAGCACGAACGAUGAUGUAAGACAAAUUUUAAAAAUGAAAAAAAAUUCACUUAAUUACCGUAUAGAGGCUCGACUUCGAGGAAUUCUCAUUGUUAUCAAACAAAUAAUUACUUCAAUCUAUACAUUUUUAUUACGAUAUUAUUGUAAUUUGUUGAUAAUGUAGCUUACUUGAGAGAGAGAGAGAGAGAGAGAGAACAAAAACAAAGUAAAAUAACAUAUCAGACGCACAAGGCUCUUGCCUUGUGAGGUACAUAAUGUUUCCUUAAGUCCCUUCAUAGAUUAAAUAUCAUUCAAGCGGGUUAAUCCAGCUAUAAUUUUUCAGAUAAAUGGUACAGAUUCAAAUAUGUAUAAAUAGUGGUGUAUCUGUCGAACGUUUCGCCGACUUUAAGAGUCGAAUUAAAUUGACGCCAUGUAUAUCGUCAUAUGUUCAUAGAGGCACGAAAGGUACAAUGACUGAUCCAGAAGAGAUAAAAAUGGAUCAAAAACAAAUUAAUGGAAUCAGUGUAGAUGUUGAAUCGGAUAUAAAAGGGAUUGCUAGAACCGAUAAAAGGACACCAAGGAUUACAGCAAGAAAUGCCAAUUUCUUCGAGUUAUUGGGGAACUUCGUUAUGAUCUAUUGGAAAUCGAUUAUAAUCGUACUAUGGCCUAUUGUUUUGCUACCACUGCUAAUAUACACAGAUCACACGAUGUACCGAUGUUUAUACACAGUAGGCGUGAUGGCGAUGUACUGGGUCACGGAGGUUCUGCCAUUACCGGUCACCGGCCUCAUACCGAUUUUCCUCUAUCCGCUCUUGGGUGUAAUGAGCACGUCGGACACGUGUAAAUGUUAUAUUAACGACACAACGAUGAUGUUUGUAGGAAGCCUGGUAAUCGCGGUAGCGAUCGAGCAUUCUGGCGUGCACAUGAGGGUUGCCCUGAUUAUUAUCAGGAUUAUUGGCUGCAGUCAUCGAAAAUUGAGUUUGGGCUUGUUUGUUGUGACAAUGUUUAUUUCAAUGUGGAUAUCCAACACUGCUGCUACGGCUAUGAUGCUGCCGAUCGUCAAAAAAGUUCUUACGGAAUUGGAAACACAAGGGUUAGGAAAAAUGUUCGAAGAAGAAAAGGACGAAGAAGAAUCGGAACCAAAAAAGAAACCAACAAAGCUGACAAUGUCGUACUACAUGGGUGCAGCGUACGCCUCGUCAAUAGGUGGAAUCGGUACACUUGUGGGUAGUGGUACGAACCUCACAAUGAAAGGAUUAUACGAAGCACGAUUUUCUAAGGGUCCAGGUCUCAAUUUCGCUGCUUGGAUGGUAUACGCAGUGCCAGCGAUGCUCGUCAUAGGCGUACUGACCUGGCUUUGGCUGCAAGUACUUUUUAUGGGUCUGUUUCGCAAAAAUAGCAAAGAUGCCAAGGCUGUUAACAUUGGCGAGGAAGGCGAACGUAUUGCUGCUCGAGUCAUCGACAGCAAGUACAAAGAAUUGGGACCAGUCAGUUGGCAUGAAGGAUCUAUCGCAUUUCUUUUUAUUUUGAUAGUGUUACUGUGGUUUUUCCGGAAACCUGAUUUUAUUCUUGGUUGGCCAAUUUUUAUUACCAAUCAAGAAGUGAAAGACUCAACAGCGGCAAUUGGUUUGAUAAUUCUGUUGUUUAUCAUACCAGCACGCUUAGAUUUUUUCCGGGCUUUCAGUUCUGAUCCAGAUCGACGUCCUAUCAAACCUGCACCAGCUUUGAUCAGCUGGAAAAUAAUCAAUGAAAAAAUGCACUGGGGAUUAAUGUUUGUUCUUGGGGGUGGUUUUGCCAUAGCAGCUGGUAGUCAAAAUUCUGGUUUAUCAAGAAUGCUUGGAGAGGCCUUGAGUGGACUGAAAAGUAUGAAUCCUAUUUGGAUCAUGAUAAUUGUUUUUAUAUUCUGUGAAACAGCUACUGAACUCACAUCAAAUGUAGCAGUAGCUAAUAUUAUUUUGCCUGUCUUAGCAGAAAUGUGUGUUGCUAUCAAAAUCCAUCCAUUGUAUUUGAUGGUACCUGCAACACUUGGCUGUUCAUUUUCAUUUCAUCUUCCAGUAGGUACACCACCGAAUGCAAUUGUUAGUGCUGCUGGAAAAAUUCCUACAAAGAACUUGAUUAUUGCUGGAUUUGGACCUAGUAUUAUAACAGCAAUAUUUACAGUGGGGACAUUUGCUACUUGGGGAGUAUAUAGCUUUGGAUUACACGAAUUUCCCAGUUGGGCAACUUUAUAACAAAUUUUUUAUGAUUUAAAAUGAUUUUUAUAAGAAAUAUUAUUUUUUAUAAAAGAUAGCAUGCAUGCAA